UUCCAUUCAGCUUCUCUUUCAGUUCAACGAUACCCUUUUUCCUCUUCUGAAACCUAACCCUAAACCUCUUUCGGUUCUCCGAUCCAACGCUCGCAAGAAGAAUUUAAACCAGAUCCGAUUUCCUGCUGCAUGGACUCAGCUCAGUGCCCACAGGAAGUGGUUAUAGCCGAGAUGGCGGCUGUUAGGGUUCCAGCGAUCUCGGAGAGAAGAAUUCGUAGAAGGAAUGAUCAGAAACAGCUGAACUGCCCUCGCUGCCAAUCAAAUAAUACUAAAUUUUGUUACUAUAACAACUACAGCCUCAUGCAGCCACGUUACUUCUGUAAGGCUUGCCGUCGGUAUUGGACGGAAGGUGGGUCCCUCCGCAACAUUCCCGUCGGAGGAGGUUCACGGAAAAACAAACGGUCCGUUACUAUAACGUCAUCAUCCAUCCCUUCUUCUUCUUCUUCUUCUUCUUUCAUGCAAAACCCUAAGUUCAGUAUUGCUCAAGUACGAGAUUUGAACCAAGUUGGAAGAUUUGGGCUAUCGGAGCUGGAGAUUUUGAGGGGUGGAGGGUUGGAGGGGGGAGAGAUGGUGGGAAAUAAUUUCAUGCAUAAGGUUGUAGGGUUACAGGAGUUUAGGGGGCGUGGGUUAGGGUUUCAGGUUGGUGCAGGUGGAGGAGCUGGAGAUCAUGAUGAAGAAAGGUUGUUGUUUGGUUCAAGUGCUCCUCGAGGUGUGGUUUUUGAGCAGGGCAGAGGGGAAGGAGGAGAUACGCGGCAGUUUUGGAAUGAGAUGGUGGGUAAUGGAGGUAAUAAUUGGUAGAGAGAGAUAAAGGAUAAAAGAAAAGGAGGAGGAAGAAGAAGAAGAAGAAGUGGUAUUGGUUACUUAAAAAUUAGGGUUUCCGUUUAAUCAUGCUGUUUUUAUAGAGAUUUCUUAGCAUAU